CAUUUCAGGCUGAGAGUAUGUAGCAGCUCAGAGUCAUUAGAACUCAGUUACACUAUGAAGGCUCCACUCCUCCUACUGCUCAUUGCUGGGGUCUCUGGGGUGUAUUGCAGUCACUCUCUCCAGUAUUAUCACACAACAGUCUCAGCUCCAGGACAUGGGGUGCCGGAGUUUUCUACAGCUGGAUAUCUGGAUGGGAUACAGAUUGAUUAUUACAGCAGUGAUACCGGCCGUGCUGUUCCUGUGACUCAGUGGAUGAAGAAAGUGGGAGCUGAAUACUGGGAGAGAAAUACACAGAUCUGCAAAAACUCAGAGGCUGCAUUCAAACACAAUGUAAAGACAUUAAUGCAACGCUUCAACCAGACAGGAGGUUAUCACUCUGUCCAGUGGAUGUUCGGCUGUGAGCUGAGAGAUGAUGGCAGUAUCAGGGGAUAUAUGCAGGACGCAUUUGACGGGAAAGAUUUCAUGGCUCUGGAUACCGAGCGCUGGGUUUAUUAUCCAAUUGCAGACCAGGCUCUGAUCACCACACAGAAAUGGAACAGCCUGGAGGAGAGACAGGGGGAGAGAGACAAGUACUACCUGGAGACCACCUGCAUUGAAUGGCUGAAGAAACACCUUGAGAAUGGCAAGGAUGAGCUAGACAGGAGAGUUCCCCCAGAGGUGAAGGUUUCAGAUCAGAAAGCAGACGGAACCACAAAGCUUCUCUGCCAGGUGUACGGGUUUUACCCCCGGGACGUGGAUGUGAAUUGGAAGAAAGAUGGCAUUGAGGUUCCCUCGGAUGAAGCCAAACAGGUUCUUCCCAAUACUGAUGGCACUUACCAGAUCACAGUCACCGUGGAAGUACUGCCAGAGGGCACAGGUGAUUAUACCUGCCACAUCGACCACAUCAGCUUGGACAAAACACUUAUUGUUGAGUGGGAGCCGAAGUCAAACCCAAUCCCCUCGAUAGUGAUUGGUGUCAUUAUCGUUCUUGGAGUGAUUGCUGCCGGAUUUGUUAUAUGGAAAAAGCGUUCAGCUUAUUGUAUCGGUAACGGACCAAACAGAUCAUCGUGUCAGAAUAUGUUGCUAUAA